CUGUGUGCGAGGGGGGGAAGGAGUUGCCACGUUGUCGGAUGGCUGUCCUUUGUGAGUCUGUGAUGGUUUUUGUGGUUAGUUUGGCGAUCUAUCGUGUGUUUCCGAUCCCUGGUGGCUUUCCCCCACCCUCUCUCUCCUCCCGUUCGUUCCGUGUGUAAAGAACCCUUCACAGAAACCACUUCCAACCCUCAGACUUCAGAAGAAGAAAAAACUGAGACACCAGCAAGUCAGGAGGUAGUCAGUCCUGAACCAUACGUUAAGCAUCCGUUACAAAACAGAAUCUCUUCCACGUUUAACAGUUGUGAAAAUUUCUGCUGAAAACUUUCAAACCCACACUUCUGGGGACUAAAUCUAGUCCCUUGCCCAACAGCUGAUAACUGAGAAUUGAGCUUUUAAAGUGGGGGCAUUACAUAUGUUGUCCCAGCUUCUAGAUUGGAGAGGAAACCACAUAUGCCGUGACUAGUUGUACACAUGCAAUGUCCAGGUGGGCGCUCUGGUUCUUUAAAAAUGAUAAAAGUAAAACCUGGCAAGCAAAUCUUCGUCUGAUUUCAAAGUUUGAUACUGUUGAAGAUUUUUGGGCAUUAUAUAACCAUAUCCAGCUGUCUAGUAAUUUAAUGCCUGGUUGUGACUACUCACUCUUUAAGGACGGUAUUGAGCCCAUGUGGGAAGAUGAGAAGAAUAAAAGGGGAGGGCGAUGGCUAAUUACACUAAACAAGCAGCAGAGACGAAGUGACCUUGAUCGCUUCUGGCUAGAGACCCUGCUGUGCCUUAUUGGAGAGUCUUUUGAUGACUAUAGCGAUGAUGUAUGUGGAGCUGUUGUUAAUGUUAGAGCCAAGGGUGACAAAAUAGCAAUAUGGACUACUGAAUGUGAAAACAGGGAUGCUGUUACACAUAUAGGGAGAGUAUACAAGGAAAGGUUAGGACUUCCUCCAAAGAUAGUGAUUGGUUAUCAGUCCCAUGCUGACACAGCUACUAAGAGCGGCUCCACCACUAAAAAUAGGUUUGUUGUUUAAGAAGACACCUUCUGAGUAUUUCAUAGGAGACUGCGUCAAGCAAUCGAGAUUUGGGAGCUGAACCAAAGCCUCUAUAAAAGCAGAGUGGACUGCAUUUAAAUCUGAUUUCCAUCUAAAUGUUGCUAAAUUUGUGAAAAGUCUCUCAUUUGCUUUUGUCUUGUACUUCUGUGUUUGUUCUCUCCCCCACCCCCAUUUUUGGCUGAAGGUAACCUUUAUCCAAUCAAAGAAUCUCAGUACAACAUUUGCCCCCUGAAUCCAUACAGGUCUCCCUAGCCCACUCUCUGAUGCUUCUUAGGAAAGUAACUGUUGAAAAAGAAAAAGAUCCUGAAAACCAGUGCCAUUUCUACAGGGGAAGAAACUACUACUUUUUUCACCUUUGCAUUGUAUGCAACAACAUGUUUUGCUGGUUUGGAAGAAAAGUAUGAUGCAUACAUUUUUUUUCUAGCAAAUCUUUCUUUCUACAGCAUUGUCAUUGCUGUAACCAAUACUGAUGGCUGCUAGAUUUAAUUUAUUUGUUUCCCUCUCUGAUAACAUUAGUGAUAUUCUGAUUUCAGUUCUUGCUCAUGUAACAUUGGUGAAGGAUCUGGGAAUAUGACAAAGAUUUAAUAAACAUUAAUUUUGUGCAUUCUUUGGUAAUUAUUUUUGUAACAUCAAAGCUUUGCUACAAGUUUCAUGCAUUUCAAGUCAAAUCAGUGAUAUGUUUGUGUGAUUUCCUGAACAUAAUUGUGGAUUUUUAAAAAUGUAACACCAUAAUUACAUUCCUUACUAGAAAUAGUAUUCCUGUUUUUUGUAUCUUAUGCUGUAUUUUAACACUUUGUAUUCCUUAGGUUAUGUUUUGCUUUGGUUUAAGAACGGCUCAAAUAGAAAAGCAGUCCCAUUCAUAUUAAGACAGUGUACAAAACUGUAAAUAAAAUGUGUACAGUGAAUUGUCUUUUAGACAA